AUGAGAAAAGUGAUGGAUUCCUAUGCAAGGUUAAGUAAGAUCAUACAUUUGAUGUCAUUGGAAUAUUAUAUUUUAUCAGCAGUUGUGUUUACGUCAUCAUUUUGCUCUUUACACAUACAUGAUGAAAAUUCAACUGCUCCUUACUUUGAAGCACGGGACGACAACGUAGCAUUCCGCAUUGGUGAAACAGCAACUUUAUUAUGCGCAGUGGCUAAUUUAAAUACUAGAUUUGUUUAUUGGAGACGUACGUCUGAAUCUCAUCCUUUGAUAAUAGGUGAUUUUAUAUAUAGUCCUGACCAACGACAUUCAAUAAAACGUGUGGCAAGAAAAAAUGAAUGGAAUCUCGUUAUCAGAGAUCUACAAGCUGAUGAUGCGGGAGUUUAUGAGUGUGCAAUUAGUACAAAAGAAAAGGAUAUCAGAAGACUAGUGAUCCUUAGAAUUAAAUUUGGGAAAAAUUCUUAUGAUUAUAUUUACUUUACAGAUAAGAUUAGCAUUAAACCUCAAAUUAUUAUGUCUGGAAAAGACUUUGUAAGUAAAGGCCAGAAAAUUGUACUGACUUGUAAUAUAACUGGUGGAGAUCAUUAUACUCCGGAUGGAGUCGACUGGUUUAUUAAUGGACAUAAAGUUGAUCAUCGAACCAUGCCCCGCAUGAGAAUAUACAACAAGGUUGACAAUCAGCUCAAAACAUUUUAUAGUACUUUAGAAAUAAGACGUUCAUUAAUGGAUGAUAAAGGAAUGUAUGUCUGUAGAGGGCCAUAUUCUAAAACAUCUAGUAUCUCAUUACACGUUCUCGAUGAACAAAAGUCUAGCGUUGAUAAACGGGAUUUUGCGAAUGAUUCCGCAGUUUCCAGAUAUUCAUUUCAAUGGAAGCAUCAUUGUUGUGUAUUUUUAUUCAGUUUAUCUGCAACCUUAACAUCACACAUUUGGUUAGUUAUAUGACGAGUACAGAUUGUAAAUGAAUGUUGAAAGACCUUUACAAAUAUUUUAGCUCACGAAGACCUCAUUUUCAGUAUAUCAAUAAGAGGACGAUCGUUAUUGGAUGUUUAUUUAAAAAGAAAACGAAAAUCUUAAAACUAUUUAAGAUCACGAAUGUUGCGGUAAAAUUGAAGUUUCAGAGUCAUCCAGUCGUUGUUCCAAACUCUGCCUUAAUCAUCAAAAGUGCCUUAACAUAACGCAUUCAUUUUGCGAGAAAUGGUGAGAACAGAUAUCGUAAAAGCGAAGAAUCAAAUGAGUUGUCAAGGCUAGGAUACUUAACCAGAAUUAAACCAAAUAAUUGAUAGAUCUCAGGUGGAAUUACUUUGCUUUACCAUAUAAAGAUGUGUAUUCAGAUGUUUAAAACUAUAUCGACAACUGCAUCAGGCUAAAUACAAUCGAUUUAACUUGAAAAGUGAAAACUGCAAUCGGAUAUCACACAAGUUGUGGGUGACACGAUUUAUCAUCUGUAGAUUCGAGUGCGUGCUGGAAUGUUGAUUAUCUAUUAAGAUAUGUAGUAAACAUCAAUGGUGAGAGAAAUGAAAACAAAUAUUGAAGUAAACCGUGGAACAAUUACUCCAAUAAAAAUAAAAUCAGCUUUAAUUAAGAUAGCGAUAAGAAUGAAUAAUGAAUGCAGUAAUAAACAGUAAGACGCAAGUAAUACCGUACUGUUUGAUAGUAUUUUUAUAGAUUUUUUACUAGUUGAUCCUUUAGCAAUAUUACCAAAGCAUCGGUUUUUGUUUUACGAGUUUAAAUCUGGUUUAUGUUAUUUCAAUCUUAUUUAAUUUAGAAUUGUGAUUUUUUUUUCACAUUGAAUAUUUGCGAUGUAUACAUCAAUGCUACAGUAACCCUAUGACAAAGAAACCUUCAUAUAUCUAGAGAAAAAUACAUGUAUAGUUUUCAACAUUAAACAUGUGUCUAUAUAAUA